AUGGAAAUUGAUCAAGAUAUCUCUCGUCGAAAUAAUCCACGCUGGCUACCAUUACUGUUGGAUGUGAUCUUGGCUACCUCUUUUGUGCUACUGGAUGUGCGUGAUCUUUCGUUUAAAUUGCAAUGGAUUGGACUAAACGACACGACAAUUGAGACGAUUUCUCUCCCAGCGUCGAAUUUAGCUUCGUUACAACCGUCAGAACCAUUUUUAUACACAAAUCAACACUUUCAGCGAGCUUCAGGGUGGAGUUCUUUUCUGGAAAAAUGCGAUUCAUUGAUUCAUGUCAUAACAGAAGAACAAACGAAUGGCUUUCGCCAUGUAAUUGGGAAGAAUUGUUCGAUCGGUAGCUCAAUUCGAGCCAUUGAUUUGUUUCUUACAAGUGAAAUUCGUGCUGAUUCCAUGGCAUGGAUGGCAUGUGAGCUUCUGUACAAACACCGCAAGCCACCUCUCUGUCAUUCUACCAUUGUAACCCAGUUUCAAGACCGCUACAACUUUAUAAACAAGCUUUCAUCCGAAAGUGUAUUACUGACAGAUGAAGUAACUAACGAUCCACCUCACUUGAAAUCUCGCGAAGUUUAUGCUGCUAUACCUGGAAGUAAUGUGGAGACGAAUUUGAUUGAAUUGCUUAAUGUGAUUAGCCACAGCGUGCCGAUUUCUGCUGCAGUUUGCGUCAAAGGACUCGUCAUCAAUGGCAUUGAAUUGCAAAAUUCAUCCAUUUUUGGAUGUGGAAGUCCCAGCUUCUUCCAGAGUUUCUUCAUCGAUAGUGACACCUCCCGUAUGGCAUCACAAUUUAUGAUAGACAAAGCCUGGUUAAAGGCCGAACGAUUCGAAGUUAUGGGCAUGACAUUUCUAUUACGUGAGAAUUGUAUCAGCUCAUCCACAAUUCACGACUCAAAUCAUGACAAUGGUCGACCAAUUCUGGAUGUCAAGUCACGGUGCAAUGUAUCUGCAUCCGGAUCAUUAUACAUAUUGAUGAUUCUAGUGGAUCUAACUUUACUAGUGCUAAACAUGUGUAGUCUUGCUCAAAUCUCACGAUUAAUGCUCUGGCCUUUGUGGAAACCACUUAUUGCUUCCGAAUAUCAAUUUUCUUCUGUUUCGACUUCAAAAUGCGGCUUUGAGGUCGAAGAUUAUUUCCAAACCCUACAAGUUGGUAUGCUCCGGAGUUCGGUCGUUGUAUGGCUCACAGUUAUCUCUAGACUUUUGACAUGGAUAUAUAUGAUUCCCAGUGCUCACCUGUGGAGCGAUGGUAACUUUAAUGCUGGAACUGUACACGCAUUGUUGACGUUGUUUCGAGUUUAUGAUUUAGUGACUAUAUGUGUCAAUAUUAUCUGGGAUACGAUUGUGUCCAUCAGCGAAGAUAGCGCUUUGGCUUUCGUUCGACAAACAUACAUCACGCCGUUGGAAAUAACGGCUAUAAGCAUCUUUAUCGCAGUUGCCAGUGAUUCUAUGAUAGGACCACUUUUUAAUGAAGGUCCAGGGCGACAGCUGCUGAUCGACAGGUCUUCUUUUGAAAGUGCUACUGCUUAUUCAAACACGUUUUCGUCGCGCAAAUAUUCCUCAAAGACGCUGUUUGAGCUUUACUAUCCACUAAUGACCACGACUGGUAUAAGCGUCCUGACUGUUGGAUUUUUUAUUGUUUCACGAUUCUGCAUUGGAAAACUUACGCAGCCUUCAUGCUCAAUGCAUGAUUCUGCAGAUGCGAUUCAGUCUGAAGCAAACAAAAAUUUAUCAGUGAAGUCUUUUCGUGCAAGAAGCAGUACUAAAAUGUUAAUGCAUUCAGUCUCCCCUCUUCCAAGUCCCACUCGAAAAUUGAUUGUGGAUUCUUCUAUGCUAUCCGCCUCAACAUGGACUAACAAGGCUCACAAUCACCGCCUUCCUGUCGAGGAUAUGCUUGAUAAUCCCAUUCGCGCGCGCAGUUUAGUACGGUUUUCUCCGUCGCUCGAAAUUAUGAGUGGCGACCACCUCCAUUCUCUACAUCCUGCAAUUUUCCUCAGAGCUGGAAUCGUCUUGGUCGGAAAAUCCAUGGUCACACGUUAUGGGUUUUCAAGUACAGUUCAAUCACUUGUUUACGCACAUGACCACACGUCAAAGAGUGAAUCACAGCACAUUGGAGCGAAUGGUGCUAUCCCCAAUCUUCGAUAG